UAAGUCGUUGGUUCAUUAUCCCAAUGAUCUUCGACUUUUCAAAGCUGUUAAAAUAGGACGAAAUUUCUGCUUUUUUGUUUAUCAUACUAGCAAAAUUUUAAAUUUGGUUGAGAAAUUAGGACGUCGACUUCUGUGAAGAAUUGGGACAAGAAACGUGGAGGGAGUUUGUCACUGGAUUGAUUCUUAAAAGAGGAACAUUUUUUCAAAAUGAAAUCGUUUCCAAAUGAAAGAAGAUGGAUUCUUAUAUAUCUUAUAUGUUGUGCAUUAAAUUGCGUUUAUUCUAGGCAAGUAUUGACUAUGAAASUUACUCCUAUGGAUGAUUCGACUAGCCAAAAUAGUAUUAAGGUUGUAGGGACAGUGCCAGGUACCGCGUUUAAGCAACAACCAGCCAUCACAACGACAGGUGUGACGGAGUUAAAAUCAGUUGAUGCUCAAGUAGAAGAUUCACCUCCAGUCAAGGUUGUGCAACAAACCGAGCAGAAUCCCAUACAGGGACAAACACAGCAAGUUGCUACAGGUGGGCAAGCUCAAGAGCAGGAAGAAACUGCUAGUAAGAGUGCACAGACUGUUGCUACAACUUUGACAGUUAGUAAAGACGAAAAAAAUAAGAGCAGUGAAGAGGUUGCAAAAGAGAAGCCUGCAACCGCKAAGCCCGAAGAUAAAAAGCAAGAAGAAGAAAAAAAUGCAGGAACGGAAAAUCCUGCUACGCAAAAGCCUGACACGCAAAAGCCUGAUACGCAAAAGCCCAAAAAUGAAAAACAAGAAGCAAAAAAGCCCGAACCUGAAAAGCCGGCAACGGAAAAGCCCGAGACAGAAAAACCAAAGGAAGCCCCGACAACCGCACAAGAACAAAAGGUCGAAACCUUAAUGUCCAAAGUAUCUGGCAGAAAGAUCUGUCAGUCACCGCAUUGUCACCGUGUUGCCAAAAGUAUAAAAGAAGCUCUGAACGAAUCCGUGGACCCUUGCGAUAAUUUUUACGAAUAUGCAUGUGGAAACUGGGUGAAGGAGCACAARAUCCCGAAGUUUCACUCUCAGUAUUCUCGAAUCUCUGAGCUUUCCGAAAACAACGAGAAGAUUCUUCUUGACUCGUUGAAAACCGACCAARACACUGACAAUGAAAAUCUAAGAAAGAUUAAAUUGUUUUUCCGUUCUUGUAUGGAUUUGAAAACUAUUGACAAGUCGGGCAAUAACCCAUUGGUCGAAUAUAUCAAGAGCCUUGGGUCUUGGAGUUUUGAUAAAGAAUGGGAUUCGAAAUCAUGGGAUUUUUACAAGACGUUGGGAAAGAUGCAUCGAGGGUACCCUGCCGAAGUGUUCUUCACUGUGGACGUUCAUACCGACCCUACAAAGCAACAUAGUCGUGCUAACUAUAUCAUUUUGAUCGAUCAAGCAACGCUCAAYCUACCACAGAUCGUCUACUUCACAAGUCCAAAAAUUAUCCGCAUGGUCAGUAAGUACAUGUCAGACAUAAUCGGCAUGUCGGGGGUAGACGAGAAAACUGCAGAAGAAAAAGUUGGAGAGAUUAUGAAAUUUGAAGCAAAGCUGGCCACAAUUUCAGUGCCAAAAAUCGCCAAGAAGUACGUUCGUAUUCGCGUGGGAAAACUCGUUAAAGCUAUCCCGGAGUUUCCGUGGAUGGAACAUUUGAGGACUAUUUUCUGGCCAAAACCAGUGAAUCCAGACACUCAUGCUAUCGUCCUGGCCAACGAUUAUCUGCCAAAUUUGUUCGAACUUCUCAGGAAGACAGACAAAAGCGUGUUGUCCAACUACAUGGUGUGGCGUCUUGUUAAGGAUGUGGUGCCUCUGCUAUCCAAGGAUUUUCGUCAUGAACAUCUUGACCUCAAGAAGAAGCUCCUUGGUGUCAAACACGAAAAGCCUCGCGAGAAGAAGUGUUUUGGGUAUACCAAUAAUCUUCUGGGUCCUUUGAUGGGGGCUUUGUUUAUUAAAAAUGCGUUCAGCCCAGAGAGUAAACACAAGGUAGAGUCGAUGAUGGAAGGAAUCAUAAAGGCUUUCAAGAAUAAUAUUGAGAAUGUAGACUGGGUUGACAAUCAUACRGUGGCUGCUGUGGAAGAAAAGGCUGACGAGGCUGUGUACAAAGUGGGAUAUCCUGACUACUUGUGGGAUAAUAAGAAAUUCAACGAGAGAUAUGACAAGUUGAAUAUAACUGAGGGAGCCUGGUUCAAGAACGUCCUGGAAACUGACAAAUUCGCUUCUUUGCAAACCUAUCAAAAGCUGGAUACAGUCUCUGAUAAACAUCAGUGGAUCACAGUCCCUCAUCUUGUCAAUGCUUUUUAUGUGAUUACAAAGAAUGAAAUAGUUGUUCCAUCUGGAAUUCUACAGCCUCCAUUCUUUUAUCCUGACGAAAUCCCAAGGUCGUUAAGUUAUGGCGCAAUAGGUCAUGUGCUUGGCCAUGAGCUUACUCAUGGAUUUGAUACAACAGGACGCAAGUACGAUAAAAAUGGCGAGGAAAUCGAUUUUAGCCAUCCUGGUAAAGUGAAAACAUGGAGUCCAUCUUCCAUCAAGAUGUUUGAAAAAAGAGCCAARUGUUUGGUGGAUCAGUUUUCAAAGUUUGUCGUGCUGCAAAAAUUUCACCUCAGUGGAUAUAAAACUCUUGGGGAGAACAUUGCAGAUGGUGGUGGAGUAAAACUGGCAUAUCAUGCUUUUAGAGAUUUCCUGGAGAAACAUGGCGAAGAGGAGAUCCUUCCCAUCCUUGACAUACCGCACGAACAACUAUUUUUCUUAGGAUAUGCGCAGAAAGAGUGUGUGCGCACCUCGCCGGCAGCUGAGUUCAUGGCUGUCAUGGACGACGUUCAUCCUCCUUCAAAAUACAGAGUUAUUGGCACGUUGUCCAACAUGGAGGAAUUUUCAAAAGUUUACAAGUGUAAGAAAGGUGACAAAAUGAAUCCUGAAAAGAAGUGUGAGGUCUGGUAGACCAUUUUUGGACGCCUCACAACAACACCGCAAGUCAAUAAGGUUACUAGUUUUUAUUUUGACAGUGUUUUUAAAAAGAUAGUUUUUAAUAGUAUUGGAAACUGAUAUAUCAUAAAGCGGAAUUGCUUUAACAAAAUGGUACGCCUAAAAGCUUUCUUGAGUGUCUUAGGAGAUGGGGUUGGCUUCCUAAAUACAGACUUUAUUCAGGAAAUUGUUGGUUACGUAAGAGGAAAUUCUAAUUCACGGGUGCUUAAAGGGAAGCAAAUCAUAAAAGAUACAACUGCGACUAUCAACUGUUUUCGCCAAAGAAACAAUUUAGACUUUUUAAAAAAUCCGGUUAAUAAGACUUCAACUUGCCCUAUCAACUGGCAAAUACCGAGGGACUCUCGACAAGAGUACUAUUCAGCCUUGGAAAAUGCAGCAACCUUAAAAMGUUAUAAACAAAUGCGUAGAGUCGUCGAGAAAAUAAUGUUUAUACAGAGUUUAGAGAAAAGAAUGUAAGCGAGAAGUAAACUAGAAUAUCUAACACUGUAAUGGCUUCUGAAUUCUAGCAUGGUGGAAGCCAUUGGUCUCAGCAAAUGGUUUUCGAAUUCAAGCAUUUUGAUUGGAUAAUAAACAUUUAUUUUCGAUUGGUA